AUGAGGUGUAGAGUGUUGUCCGAGGGGGUCAGCUGGUUCAGGAAGGCAUCAGGUGGUCCCUGUGCUCCCCUCUCCUGUGGUCCCUGUGCUCCCCUUUGUGGUCCCUUUGUGCUCACCUUUGUGGUCCCUGUGCUCCCCUCUCCUGUGGUCCCUGUGCUCCCUGUUCUUCCCGUUUUCCCUGUGGUCCCUGUUCUACCUGUGGUACCUGUGUUCCCUGUUCUCCCUGUGUUCCCUGUGCUCGCUGUGGUCCCUGUUCCCCCUGUGUUCCCUGUGCUCGCUGUGGUCCCUGUUCCCCCUGUUCUCCCUGUGGUCCCUGUGUUCCCUGUUCUCCCUGUGUUCCUUGUGGUCCCUGUUCCCCCUGUUCUCCCUGUGUUCCUUGUGGUCCCUGUGUUCCCUGUUCUCCCUGUGUUCCCUGUGUUCCCUGUGGUCCCUGUUCCCCCUGUUCUCCCUGUGGUCCCUGUGUUCCCUGUUCUCCCUGUGGUCCCUGUGUUCCCUGUGGUCCCUGUUCCCCCUGUUCUCCCUGUGGUCCCUGUGUUCCCUGUUCUCCCUGUGUUCCCUGUGGUCCCUGUUCCCCCUGUUCUCCCUGUGGUCCCUGUUCCCCCUGUUCUCCCUGUGUUCCCUGUGCCCCCUGUUCUCCCUGUGGUCCCUGUGUUCCCUGUUCUCCCUGUGCUCCCUGUGUUCCCUGUGGUCCCUGUUCCCCCUGUUCUCCCUGUGGUCCCUGUGUUCCCUGUUCUCCCUGUGGUCCCUGUUCCCCCUGUUCUCCCUGUGUUCCCUGUGUUCCCUGUGGUCCCUGUUCUCCCUGUUCCCUCCCUGUUCACCCUGUUCUCCCUGUGUUCCCUGUGUUCCCUGUGGUCCCUGUUCCCCCUGUUCUCCCUGUGGUCCCUGUGCCCCCUGUUCUCCCUGUGGUCCCUGUGUUCCCUGUUCUCCCUGUGUUCCCUGUGUUCCCUGUGGUCCCUGUGUUCCCUGUUCCCCCUGUUCUCCCUGUGUUCCCUGUGUUCCCUGUGUUCCCUGUUCUCCCUGUGGUCCCUGUGUUCCCUGUUCUCCCUGUGUUCCCUGUGUUCCCUGUUCUCCCUGUGGUCCCUGUGUUCCCUGUUCUCCCUGUGUUCCCUGUGUUCCCUGUUCUCCCUGUGUUCCCUGUGUUCCCUGUUCUCCCUGUGGUCCCUGUGUUCCCUGUUCUCCCUGUGUUCCCUGUGUUCCCUGUGUUCCCUGUGUUCCCUGUGGUCCCUGUUCCCCCUGUUCUCCCUGUGGUCCCUGUGUUCCCUGUUCUUCCUGUCUCUGUGUGUGGAGGUCCCUGUGCUCCGAGCGGGCCCAGAGCAGAGCGCGGACCUGAGCGCGGCCUCUAAAGCCCUGAAACACACCUCGGCCGCUCUGCCCCUGGUGCUGCUGCUGCUGAUGGGCGUGGCCUGUGGGGGCGUGGUCCUGUGCCGCGCCCGCUCCAGGAGGACGCUCUGUUGGAGGCGGAGCUACGAGAGACUCAGCGGCAACGCCACCGCCGCUGCCGCCAUGCCGCACGGCGUCCCGGAGCCCGACAGCGGCGAUGACGUGGACGUGGUCUACACCAGCCGCGGGGGCUGCGUGUACCGACGAUACAGCUUCAGCUACGAACCGGAACUAUAG